AUGAAAGAACAAUUCUGUCUCCUUCUAACAACUUUCGUAUUUUCUCAAGCUUUUUAUGAGGAGCAAUUGGUAGCCGUUGAUCUCCUUGUGGCAGCGUCAGCCCCUGCAUUUCCUGUCAAUCGAUAUGACGUCAUCGUCCAAGGGGAAUUGCGCUGCCAUCAAAAACCGGCAGCUGGGGUGGAAAUCCAUCUAGCUGGCAGCGAUUUUGUAUCGGAUGUGAAAACGAAGAGUGACGAUGACGGGCGUUUUUAUUUGAACGGAACUCUCCACAUCACCUCUUUCCCCCUAUUUCAACAACCUGUAGUCAGAAUUUUGCACUCUUGCUCGACCCAGUUUUGUAAAGUUCUGAGCACGAUUCCGAUUGAAAAACGUUACUUGAGUACAGGAGAGGUCCUCCUCAUCUCUCGCGAGCUCUCCGUCCACUACAAAGGUGACAAAUUGAAGUGCUCGCUUAGAGAUGAAUUAUUUGAAGGCUUUUUCAAUGACGACGAA